AUGGCACUGUAAUCCCUGGAACAGAAAUGGGUACACAGUCGUAAUUUACGACAUGCUACGCAACGGCCCUUCAGUGUCUAAUAGUAUGUGGGACCCCCACCUCCAUGCUGCGAGGGUUGAACACGCCAGUACUUCAUAACUACUAAUUGGACACCCCAUUCGCAGCGUUGUAUUCCUCCGACAUGCCGAACAGGGGACUACUCGAAGCGCCGCUGUGGCCGUGGCUAGAGGUGAACGCUACUCUUCCAGUUAGAGUAAGUGUUCGAACAUAGUAUUGCCAACUUCAAUACACUUACUGAUCCUCAUUUCAAUGACCGUGCGUAGGACAGGAGCAUAUCUGUGGGAAUGUCAACACAGGGGUUUCUGAUGUCCUCAGGGCCUGUUGGCACUUGCUGGUACGCCUUAUCUUUAAAAAAUGCCCAUAGAAAGAAAUCCGGCGACCUAGCGGGCCAAUUAAUAGAGCCAACUCUGCCGAUCCACCGACCAGUGUAAACACGGUCUAAUACCUCCCGUGCUUCAAUUGCGAAAGGCUCUGGGCAACCUUCUUGCUGAAGCCACAUACAUAGUCGAACGUCCAGGCUAACAUCUUGCAGUAGUACAGUUCUGUCUUGUUCAAAAAGCGAUCGAUAUUUGCUUCUAUUUAGCGUGCCGUCGGUAUAAUACGGACCAGUGAGUUCGUUCCGCUGUGUGCCACACCAUACGUUAACCGACAAAGGACGUUGAUGGUCAGAUUGCCGUAACCAGUAGGGUUUGUCUAUUAUCCGAGGGCUGUGGUGCUCUGCCGCUAAUACAGCUAUUUCAGUAGCUUCCUCUAUAACACAUUUUCUUCGCUUCCUUUUGCUGAUAUGCACGCUGCCAUCACACACAAAGGCAUUCACAACCUUGUAAAAGAACGAACGAGAGCGAGCUUUUUCUAGAAAACAUUAGGCAACAGCAGCCUCAACAUUUCUCCUGCACUCUCUGUAAAACAGGAUCAUUUCAAGUUUUUCCUCGGUGGUUGCAAUAUUCAUCGUCCACUUAAACGUCUGUUCUCUAAAUGAUAGGUAGAUAUGCAGGCAGUGAACGCUGUACAAAUAUUGUAAUGUUUCAAGCCACUAUCUGUUCUUUCUCUGCACAGUAUGUGAGCUCGAGUCGCGGUGUAUUAUAAUGUGUCGUAUUUCUCUACAGAGCCAAGGUGGCGAUUCAGGUGGUCCUCCUGUUCGAUAUGUUCGAGGAAUGCAUCGUUAGGAAUGGGGUUUUCAAUUAGAAGUUAUGAAAUACUAGCCUUUUGUAUUCUCUCAGCAUGGAGGUGGAGUCCCACUGCCAUUGGAUAUUAAAGGGCCAUUGAGCAGCAUGUCGUAAAUUACCAUGUCUAUUCCUCCGAUUACAGCGACAUCUGUGGCGAAACGAAGAAAAUGCUUCAGACAAAACGUGACUGACGCUGCCACGACUAAUAAUUGCUGUUGCUAUUGCACCUGCAAGAGAAGAGCCGCUACUGUAUUGUGAUUCGAUCCCCAUCUAUAGGAGUACUGAAGUCUCUGACGCACGCUGGCACGCCAAAACAUCAGCAAUCGUGCUUGAUUCUCUCCGAUUCUGGGUUAAAUCAUCUGACACCCACUGGAGAGAAAGUGAAGACUAAAUCGGAUUGACAGCAGGAAGAAUUACACUGUUCUCUCGACAGCUUUCAGAGGCAUCAGUUUUGCACUUGGAAUAGAAGACAGCUGCGGCAAACAAAAGGUAGUGAUGGGAUCUGAAGAUUGUGCUGCUUCGACGACACCCAGCGAUGAGCCAACCGGUGACGGAACAACCUCGGUCUCGGAUAAGCCACCAGUGAUCCCCCACCCGAUACCGGUUUUAGGACAAAAUGUGUUGGCAAGCGCUCCUCCGCUUGUCGACGUGUAUGUCGAUCUCAUCGAGAACCGCAAGCUGACUGGCAAAGUGAUCAAGAAUCUGUGCGCGGUGAACCCCAUCCCGUCGCUGCACCACCUGAAGCGCGUGAGGAACUUCUACAUCAUCCUGGACUACGUGAAGGACGACACGGCCGAGUCGUGCCUGUGCGGCCUGCGGUCCAGGGGCCUGGACACGGAGGGCCUGCGCUGCCGGCCGGAGGUGCGCCAGGUGCCCCGCCAGCCGCCCAAGACGCGCAGCCAGUUCCGCGCCGCCAACGCGCUCUGGCCCUGCAACUUCCGCGAGGACAAGCAGCUCGAGGCGCUGCUGGCGCAGAGCGCCUUCAGCGACGACGAGCUGCGCCACCAGGUGCGCCUCAUGGAGCGCUGCCUCGAGGCGGCGGAGGUCAGCCGGAGUGUCGGCGGCGACGGCGUGGGCGCUCUGGUGGCUGACCCUGCAUCUGGCGAGGUGGUCGCCGUAGCGUACGACGACCGCGGCAGGCACCCGCUCAAGCACGCCGUCAUGAUGCUGGUCGAGAUGGUCUCCCGCGACCAGGGCGGUGGCUUUUUCGACUGGGAGGUCGACAGGUUCCCCUUCGAUUCAGCUCAUUCGGAAGGCCCAGAAACCGGAUUAUGUGACCCAGCUGCUGCUAGUAGUGGAAAAGUCAAUACAUGCCCAUCAGAGGCUCUUUCCAGCUCUGAAGAAGUCUCCGUACUCCUGGACAGCGAUGUUGCUCGCUUGGCAGAGUGUUACCGAGAUGUUGCCUCGAGUAAAAGUUCCUCUGACCAGAAGUGUGAACGUAACAUUUCAGAGAGUGCUACGGCUGUUGUGAGACCAGAUACUGGUAAUGGUGUUGGGACGACAGAAUUAGUCGAAAAGGCGAAGGGAGAUCAGUACUGUACUGAAAUAAGAGGCAAUGACAUUUCAUCGGGAUGUGCUGAUGGAGCGACUGGUUGUGGAGACGUGCCUCGUGCGUUAUCUAGUCUCGUUGGUAACAAGAAAGAAGUCUGUCCUACCACUGAGUGUGAUAGUUUGCCUGGGGAAGCCGUCAGGAGUCGUAGACAGACGCCCUCGGAGGCGGACAGUGGGUCCGGCACAAAGCGACGGCGCACGUCCUCAUCGGCGGCAGGUGACGCUGAGGGCCCGUACCUGUGCACGGGUCUGGACGUGUACGUGACGCGCGAGCCGUGCUGCGCUUGCGCCAUGGCGCUGUUGCACAGCCGCGUGCGGCGCGUGUUCUACGGUUGCGGCCAUCCGCCGGCAGGGGCGCUGGGGUCGCGCGCCGCCCUGCACACGCUGCCCGGCACCAACCACCGCUUCCAGGUGUUCCGCGGCGUGCUCGAGGACCGCUGCCUGCGCGCGCUGCGGGCCACCUAGCGGCGCUCACCGCAGGCUUAACGGGGACCACGCUGUGCCUUACCGGACGAGACUACGCCUUGUGGUCACAGAGUGGGCUGCUACACAUUCCAAGUUUAUAAUGAUGUACCAUGCGUCAGUGUACUGAACUGUGCAGUAUCUGUCUCAACUGUUUAAUAAAGAAUAUUUUUUU